AUGACAGGCAAAACCAAUAACAGAAGCCCAGUCAAAGAGAUUCAUCUGAAAGGGGUAGGGGCCAGUAAAUGGCUCAUCUAUUUCUCCAGGACAGAUAUCUGCGUUUGGGCCGGCACCACAGUAACACUUCCAUGUCGCUAUGAUUACCCCUCACCCAACAGCGCAACACAGGUGAUGUGGUUCCACAUCUCCACAGAGGGCAGACGGGAUAUUGCCUACCAUGCUGACGGAAAUCUGCUGAGCGCCUCGUACAAGGACAGGGUCAAGUACAUGGGGGGGUACAAAAGAUGCAGUCUACAGAUUACGAAUGUGAAGCUGAGCGACGCAGGAAUGUAUCAUUUCAGAUUUGAAACAGAUCACCAACAGGGCAGAUGGACCUCUCCUGAUUCAGUCAGUCUCUCCGUCACAGAGCUUCAUGUUCAUGUGCAUCCAGCGAGAAUCGGCAACAUAUUUGCUGCUGGGGAGACUGUGAUCCUGAGCUGUGUGGCUCAAGGCUGUGCUGCUUCUGGCAGGUACUAUGCUCUCUAUCGGAAUGGACUCAGCUUAGGACAGUCAAACAAGCUGUCAGCUAUCUAUAACUUUGACAGCCAGCAUGUAGGUACCUACACCUGCCGCCCAAUCCCACCUCAAAAUGUGCAGUCACCGGGAGUUACCCUGGCUCUUGGCUAUACGCCUCGCUACACCACAGUGCAGAUGACCCCUCGAGAGGCGCUCAGGGAGGGCGACUCGGUGACUCUGACCUGCAGCAGUGAUGGAGCUCCGCCAGCAGAGAGUUUUGCCUGGUUUAAGGAGGGAGAGAGUGGCAGCGUGCCAGACAGCUUUAAACCUGAGCUGAGACUGUGGAAUUUAGACUACAUGGACCAUGGAGAGUACUUCUGUGUGGCCCGCAACACACUCGGCACAGACCGGUCCAGACCGCUUUUAGUAAAUGUCACCUACUCCCCAAAGAACACCAGAAUUGUGGUCAGUCCUACAGGAGAUAUCAUGGAAGGGGUUGCUGUCAAUCUGACCUGCAGCAGCAACGCCAACCCUCCUGUGCUGAAAUAUACCUGGUACAAAGUGAACGGCGGUCAGCCCUGGACCACAGGCUCUGUGCAGAAUCUCACCUUCCACAGCGUGCAUUCCUAUCAUGCUGGACAGUACUACUGCACUGCAUGGAAUGCUUUUGGCAUGGGAACAUCGACAACAAUUACAUUUGCGGUGCUUUAUGCCCCCAAAAACACCUCUGUACUGGCUCGUCCCUCCACUGUGAUCGAAGCAGGCAGCUCGCUGACGCUAACCUGCAGCAGUCAGGCCAAUCCGACAGUGGAGAACUACACCUGGCACCGGAUCAAUGCGGCUGACGCCUGGGAAACUCGAUCGGGUCCCAGCUACACCAUUGCUGAGGUCAGCCCUGGAGCCAGCGGCCAGUACUACUGCGAGGCCCGCAACCGCAUUGGAGCGCACAGCUCCCCUGUCCUGACAGUGAAAGUUCGAGGCCGACUGAAGCUGAUUGCACUGGCGUCUGCAGUGGGCGUGUCUAUUGGACUGAUCUCCUUAACUGUGGUCGUCAUGAUCAGUAAAAACAUGCAUCGUGUGGAAACUGAAUAUUUGGAGGAAGAAAAACAGGAGGAGCCAGAAGAGAUGUACGAAAGAAACCACCCUUCCAUCGUCCCGCUGAAAGAAGCUGCUCCGAGCACUGAAGAACCUGGGAAAAUCAACUAUAUUACGGUGCAUUAUUCACACAUGCCCAGUCUGGAUCAGGUGAAGGUCACAAACAUACCUCCAGAUGGUGAGAAGAAACUCAAAGACGGGCCUGAUGUUGUUUAUACUGUUCUCAGGAUGCAGCCAAGAGACAGGACUGCAAAAUCUGGAAUUUGA